AAUAAAAUUUUGCCAAGUUGCUCGAAGAUGGCAAUAUGGCUGCAGCGUUCGAGUUUCACUGGCAGUGCGCGGUGCUCGUUUCGUUUCUCGUAUAGGAUUGGUGUUCUUGACGGCUCAAAGUUUCAUUUUUUAUUUUUUGUGGUUAUUCUCUUUCUUUACUUCAAUUUGUUAACGAAUAUUACCAAAAUUAAAGUUAUUUCAUUCUUGUAGUCAUCAGAACUUACUCGUCGACAAAAUGGCGUCGCUUCACAAGAUUUUGCAGCCAAAUGAUUUUGUUCAAUUUUUCACUCUUUCAUGAAAAUAUGAUUAAAAUUUAUUUGUUCAGUAUAUUAAUAAGAUUUUUUUCAAUGAAAUGUUUUAAGAAAAUCGGUUUUGAGCCAAUAUUAUACGAGUAACAGUGAAUUUCUUAAAUAAUCACCAAAAUGCACCUGAAGGGUUCCAUAAAUGAAUCUGAAAGUGAUUCCACAAGUGAAAAAGGAGAUAAAAGUGACUCCAGCGAAUCAGGCUCUGGAAGCGAAAGUGAAAGUGGCUCUAGUUCCUCAGGUUCAGGAUCACACAGAUCUGCAUCAGAAAAAUCUGGUGUAGGGGGUUCACAUCAUAGUGAUGAUAGCAAAACAUCACAUAACUAUGAUAAUGCGAAUUCAUCAAAAUCUGACCAUCAUACUGAUAAAAAUAGUUCUGAUGAAGACUCAGCACCAAAGUCUAGAUCUAGAAAUAGCCAUAGCAAAGUAAAAUCUGAUCUUUGGGAAGAAAAUCCAGAUAUAUAUGGAAUCAGAAGAUCAGCACGGCCAAGAAAAGAGCCAGAUAGAUUAAAAUUAGCAGAUAGUGAUUCUAGUGAAAGAGAUAGAACUCACAGUCGGAAAAGUAGAAAAAAAAGCAACUCAUGGAAUUCUGAUACAUCAGAAAGUGACAGUGAAAUAGGGGGCUCUCCACCACCACCAUCAAAGAGACCUGGCCAAAGAAGUCUACCUCUGAGGAAAAAGAAACCGAGUAGGAGAAGAAGGUAUUCUAGUGACGAAGAAGAGAGUUCAGAGGGUACAGAUGAUGAAAGCAAGAGUCGAACAACAACAAGACGUACAGGCGCAGCAGUUAGUUAUAAAGAAGCAAGUGAUGAACAAACUGAUUCUUCUGAUCUUUUGGAGGUGGAAGGUGUGGAAGGAGAUGGUGAAGCUGAGCCAGAACCUGAGGAUCAUAGUGAGACAAUAGAACGAGUUCUGGGAAUGCGACGAGGGAAAAAAGGAGUCACUGGCAAUGUGACCACCAUUUAUUAUAUAGAAGAACAUGGAGACCCUAAUGAAGGUUGUGACCCUAAUGAUGAAGACUCUACUGAACCUCAAUACCUGAUAAAGUGGAAAGGAUGGUCACAUAUUCACAACACAUGGGAAUCUGAAAAGACAAUUAAUGAUCAAAAAGUUAAAGGCUUAAAGAAACUGGAAAACUUUAUUAAGAAAGAAGUAGAAAUCUCAUGGUGGAGACAGCAAGCUGGACCUGAGGAUAUAGAUUACUAUGAGUGUCAGUCUGAACUACAGCAAGAAUUAGUUAAAACCUACAAUAACGUUGAAAGGAUAAUAGCUGAACAAAAUCGUGAGCUAGAAGGUGGUGGAACUGCUCAUGAAUAUUUUUGCAAAUGGGAAUCUCUUCCAUAUGCUGAUGCAACAUGGGAAGAUGCAGUUUUAAUAGAGAAAAGAUGGCCUGUUGAGGUGGAGCACUUUAAAAGUCGAGAAGCUGCUAAAAGUACUCCAUCUAGGCAUUGCCCUGUAUUGAAAAGGCGACCCAAGUUUCAUCAGAUAAAAGAACAACCUGAAUACGUGGGAAAAGAUUCAAGUUACCACUUGAGAGAUUAUCAAAUGGAUGGAUUGAAUUGGUUAAUUCACUCAUGGUGUAAAGACAAUUCAGUAAUUUUAGCAGAUGAAAUGGGCCUAGGCAAAACGAUACAGACAAUUUGUUUUUUAUACUAUCUCUUCAAGUCGCAACAUCUGUAUGGACCAUUUCUUUGUGUAGUGCCUCUGAGUACAAUGACUGCCUGGCAAAGGGAAUUUCAGCAGUGGGCACCCGACAUUAAUGUUGUUACUUAUAUUGGUGAUGUUAGUAGCAGAGAUAUAAUUAGGCAGUUUGAGUGGAGCUUUUCUAGCUCAAAAAGACUGAAAUUUAACGCAAUAUUAACCACAUAUGAGAUUUUGUUAAAAGACAGACAGUUUUUAAGGUCUUUUAGUUGGGCUUGCUUGCUUGUAGAUGAGGCUCAUAGGUUAAAAAACGAUGACUCUCUACUAUAUAAGGCCUUAAAAGAAUUUGAUACCAAUCAUAGAUUAUUAGUUACUGGUACACCUUUACAAAACUCACUGAAAGAAUUGUGGGCCCUUUUACAUUUUAUAAUGCCUUACAAGUUUGAGUCUUGGGAAGACUUUGAAAAAGAUCAUGAAGAUGCUGCUACCAAAGGAUACGAAAAAUUACACAAACAGUUAGAACCGUUUAUAUUAAGGAGGCAGAAAAAAGAUGUAGAAAAAUCAUUACCUGCCAAAGUGGAACAAAUAUUAAGGGUGGAAAUGACAUCUAUACAAAAACAAUACUACAAAUGGAUAUUAACAAAAAACUAUAGUGCACUUAGAAAAGGCGUAAAAGGUUCAAUUAACACAUUUAUCAAUAUUGUUAUUGAACUAAAAAAAUGUUGCAACCAUGCAUUAUUGACAAAGCCAGAAGAUUUCGAGUCUAGAGCUUCUCUUGCUACUUCGGAUGCUGUUGAGAAACUUCUUAGGGGCUCAGGAAAAUUACUUUUGCUAGAUAAACUGCUGUGCAGGUUAAAGGAGACUGGUCAUAGGGUUUUAAUCUUUUCUCAAAUGGUCCGAAUGUUAGACAUUUUAGCAGAAUAUUUACAAAGGAGACAUUUUCCUUUUCAACGUCUUGAUGGAAGCAUUAAAGGUGAAUUGAGAAAACAAGCACUUGAUCAUUUUAACGCUGAAGGUUCGCAAGACUUCUGUUUUUUGUUGUCUACUCGUGCUGGUGGGUUAGGUAUUAACCUUGCCACUGCAGAUACUGUGAUAAUAUUUGACUCAGACUGGAAUCCUCAAAAUGAUUUGCAAGCACAAGCACGAGCACAUCGUAUUGGUCAAAAAAAUCAGGUUAAUAUUUAUAGGUUAGUGACUGCAAGGUCUGUUGAAGAAGAUAUUGUAGAGAGAGCAAAAAGAAAAAUGGUUUUAGACCACCUGGUAAUUCAAAGAAUGGAUACUACUGGAAAAACUGUGCUGAACAAACGGGAUGCUUCAGGGACCACAGCCAAUAAUCCAUUCAAUAAAGAAGAUUUAAAUGCUAUUUUAAAAUUUGGUGCUGAAGAGCUUUUUAAAGAUGAUGAAGAAAAUGAUGAAGACCCAGUUUGUGACAUUGAUGAAAUUUUGCAAAGGGCUGAAACCCGGGAUGAAGGUCCUGCAAUGGUGGGUGAUGAGUUACUGUCAGCUUUUAAGGUGGCUAGUUUUACUUUUGAUGAAGAGAAAGCUGUCAAUGAACUGAAGAAAGAUAAUGCUGAUGAAGAACCUAAAGACUGGGAUGACAUCAUCCCUGAAAAUGUUCGGAAAACAAUAGCAGAAGCAGAAAAAUUAAAAGAAAUGGAAGAUAUUUAUUUGCCACCUCGAAGAAAAAAUCAACUACAAAAUAAUGCUGAUGGUGGUAGAAGACGUCGCGGUCGUUCUGGUGAUGGUGGCGAUGGCGAUGGUGUUGAUGGUGACGGUGAGGCUGAAAGCGAUGCAUCUGAUGGUGAAGCCAGUGCUGAUGAUGAUCGACCGAGAAAAAGAGGUCGUCCUCCUGCUUCACAUCGGGAGAAAAUCAAAGGCUUCACAGAUCAAGAGAUAAGACGUUUUGUGAAAAGCUAUAAGAAAUUUUCCGCGCCACUGAAGCAUCUCGACAGUAUAGCGUGUGAUGCCGAAUUACAAGAAAAACCAUUAGCUGAGCUAAAAAGACUGGGUGAAAUACUGCAGGAAAGAUGUAAAGCUGUACUUAGUGAGACAGCAGAACCAAGUGAACAAAAUGAAGGCCGUAAAAACAACAGGAAGACAUUUAAACUCGGAGGAGUACCUGUAAAUGCGAAAACCCUAGCUGCAUGUCAAGAUGAGUUGGCAGCUUUGGAUGACUUUCUGCCACAAACUAAAGAAGAACGUCUCAAGUGGCAACUAGAUUUUAGGACGAGACCAGCGAAUUUUGAUGUUGAGUGGAAUGUCUCGGACGAUUCAAAAUUACUAGCAGGAAUAUACCAAUAUGGUCUGGGAUCAUGGGAAGCAAUAAAAAUGGAUUCUUCUUUCGAAAUAGGAGAUAAAAUAUUAACGAAUGAGGAUAAAAAACCUCAAGCAAAACACCUACAGUCGCGAGCAGAGUACUUAUUAAAGCUUAUUAAAAAGUUACUGGAUCAAAAGAAUGGAAAACAAAAAAUGAAAAAACCUCGACCGAAGAGGGCAAAUAAAGAACCGGUCACCAAAGAUAUUGUCGAAGAUGACGGUAGCUCAGCUGAAGAUAAAAAAACUAAAGGUGUUAAAAAUGAUAAAACUGAAAAGGGUAAAUUAAAAAUUGAAGAAGUUUCUACACAUGAUGAAACUUCUAACGAUAAGAAAGAAAAAGACAAAAAACGUAAAAAAGACGAAGACCGCAAGGGUGACAAAUCUAAAGGACGGAAGAAACCACGACAAAGAGGAAAUGAAGGAAUACCAGGUCCCAUGCAUUUUACUGCCAACAAUGAACCAAGGGCCUUGGAAGUCUUAGGAGAUUUAGAUCCAUCAGUUUUUGAAGAGUGCAAAGAAAAAAUGAGACCAGUUAAAAAGGCUCUAAAGGCUCUCGACAAUCCAGACCAAUCUUUAUCGGAAACUGAACAAGUGUCAAGAACCAGGGCCUGCCUCACCCAGAUAGGUACUCAAAUAGAUUUGUGUGUUGAAGCAUAUCCAGAUUCUCAAAAAGUAGAAUGGAGAAGUAAUCUCUGGUACUUCGUUUCAAAAUUCACUAACUUUGAUGCAAAGCAGUUGUACAAGUUGUACAAGUAUGGCCUAAAGAAAAAUGAAGCUUCAAAGCAAAAAGAUGGGAAGCAUAAAGAAAAUGUCAAGACAAAUAAUCGUAAUAAUCAUAACUCCAUAAACCAUUUAAAAUCAUUCAAGAAAAAUUCAAAUUCAAAGCAAAAAAGUGAUACAAAUGAUAAAAAAGAAAAGAAAAUGAAGCUAGAAAAGGAGAAAACUGAUAAGCACGAUAAAAACCAGCAUACAUCAGGGGUCAAGAGAAAACUAGAAGAUGGAGAAUGUGACCCAGAACCCAAUGAUAAUAAACGCCACGAAAGAACUAAACGCAGAGACAAGGAUCGCAAGUAUAAAGAUGGGGACUUGAAGCAAGACGAUUUGAUGUACAGAGAACGGAGUCGGUCGGAACGAGAGAGGGAUCGUGAUCGAGAAAGGGACAGGGAUCGUGACCGAGAACGCGAUCGAGAUCGCGAAAGGGACCGAGACCGUUCGCGGACACGGCGGGACAGCGGCGGCGCGGGGGGGCCGCGGGCUCGGCCUUAUGUGGCACAGCACGCGCACGUCGAGCACCCCUCGCACCCUGCACACCCCGCCUGGACCCCGCCGCCCUAUCCCGGGCCCCGACAGUACCGCGGAGACCGCAAUCAGAGACAACACGAUAAAAGAAGUAGGUAUGGAUUCAGUGGCAUGGCAGGUCCAUACGGUGGCUAUUAUGAUAGCACAACAACCAUGGCUAGUGGUAUGGGUUUUCCGCCUGUGAGGCCUUACGCAGACGACUGGAGAGGAUAUUCACAGCCUGAAUAUGGCUACGAUGAUCGGGAGUACGAGCGUGAAGUUUAUAGAAGAGAUUACGAUAGACGCGCACCACCAACAUGAGGAUAGUGCGUUAUUUGCCGAUAAUUUGUAAAUAAUAUAUGUAAAUAGUCCGUAGUUAUUUCUUUGGACAUCGGUUUAGCCGUUGCUUAAAGUGUAAGUGACAUGUGCUGUGUUUUUUAUCUAUGUGAUAAGCGAAGCGCUGGUUCAGAACUGAUUAAUAAAUAAAUAAAUAGUGUUUAUGUGAGACUGUACAGUAAAUUUAUUUAUUGUCGUAUCAGUCGAUUGUUUUUGUACAUAUUUUAGACAAUUACCAAUAAUUUUAAAUUAAUUUCUAAUGUGUCGCCAAUUUUACGGUUUAAGUAUUUUGUGUGGUCUGUUUUUUAUUUAUUCAAUACUGUGUUAUCAUUAUAAUUGAGUAAUUGAUUUGACAGACAGGUGAUAUGCAUAGUUGAUAAUAAAAUGUACAAAGUUAGUAAUUGUUUCUAGGAAUGCAUGUAAUACAAUCAUGUGCAAUCAAUAAUGUGUAUAGCUUAAACAAAGAGGCACAUAAUCUUUUUUCAUUGCAUUUCUGGCAAUGUACAGAAGUGUACGUAUUUGUAAACUAAUUUCUCAUUAUAUUUGCAUUUCUGAGUCCUGCUAUGGAUUCGAACAGUCCUAUUUUUAUAUUAUGUAAAGUUAUUCUCGGAUAAAUAAAUGGAAUGGAGUGAAAGUGUAUUGAAUGGUAUAAAACCAUAAUUGAUAAGCAAAUAAAGAAAUUAUUAAAGUUGAAA